UCCGCGCGCUCUUCACUUCUUGGGGGCUUUUUAAAACAGCGCCACUGGGGUCUUCUCCAUGCGGCUCGUGCUAUGACAGCCUCCGUGCUCCUCCACCCCCGCUGGAUCGAGCCCACCGUCAUGUUUCUCUACGACAACGGCGGCGGCCUGGUGGCCGACGAGCUCAACAAGAACAUGGAAGGGGCGGCGGCGGCGGCGGCGGCGGCCGCGGCGGCGGCCGCGGCCGGGGCCGGGGGCGGGGGCUUCCCCCACCCGGCGGCGGCGGCCGCGGGGGGCAACUUCUCCGUGGCGGCGGCGGCCGCGGCGGCCGCGGCGGCCGCGGCCAACCAGUGCCGCAACCUGAUGGCUCACCCGGCGCCCCUGGCACCCGGCGCCGCGGCCGCCUACAGCAGCGCGCCGGGGGAGGCGCCCCCGUCGGCCGCCGCCGCCGCUGCCGCCGCCGCUGCCGCUGCAGCGGCGGCGGCGGCGGCGUCGUCCUCGGGAGGGCCGGGCCCGGCGGGCCCAGCGGGCGCCGAGGCCGCCAAGCAGUGCAGUCCCUGCUCUGCGGCGGCGCAGAGCUCGUCGGGGCCCGCAGCGCUGCCCUACGGCUAUUUCGGCAGCGGCUACUACCCUUGCGCCCGCAUGGGCCCGCACCCCAACGCCAUCAAGUCGUGCGCGCAGCCCGCCUCGGCCGCCGCCUUCGCGGACAAGUACAUGGACACCGCCGGCCCCGCGGCCGAGGAGUUCAGCUCCCGCGCAAAGGAGUUCGCCUUCUACCACCAGGGCUACGCACCCGGGCCUUACCACCACCAUCAACCCGUGCCUGGCUACCUGGAUAUGCCGGUGGUGCCGGGCCUCGGGGGCCCUGGCGAGUCGCGCCACGAGCCCCUGGGUCUUCCCAUGGAAAGCUACCAGCCCUGGGCGCUGCCCAACGGCUGGAACGGCCAAAUGUACUGCCCCAAAGAGCAGGCGCAGCCUCCCCACCUCUGGAAGUCCACUCUGCCCGACGUGGUCUCUCAUCCCUCAGAUGCCAGCUCCUACAGACGGGGGAGAAAGAAGCGCGUCCCUUACACCAAGGUGCAAUUAAAAGAACUCGAACGGGAAUACGCUACAAACAAAUUCAUUACCAAGGACAAACGGAGGCGGAUAUCAGCCACGACGAAUCUCUCCGAGCGGCAGGUUACAAUCUGGUUCCAGAACAGAAGGGUCAAAGAGAAAAAAGUUAUCAACAAACUGAAGACCACUAGUUAGUGGAUGAAAAGUGGAGCUAGAGGGCAGCUUGAAGAAAUUCUUCAGAACUUGUUGCUUUGCCCAGAUAAUGAUUAUAAUGCUGAUAAUAACUGAAGAAUGAGAAAGAGAAAGAGACACUGGCAUUUCGCUUUCCUGAGGGGGAAUCUCUUACUCCAGUGGAAUCUACAAUUUUUUAAAAAAACUUUUCUCUAAGAAAUGGUAAAGACUGCCCAUUCUCUCGCCAGCCCCACCAGACCGUUAAGUGACAAACUCUAGAGUCAAACGUCAACCCCCAAAUACGCAAUUUCAGAUAAGUUACGCAUUUACUGAAAUCUUGUAAGUAUUUAUGUGGCCGUUAUAUUUUAGGACACUAGGUUAUGUGAUAAUAAUCCGAACGUUGGUUGCAAAUGCAAGAGGCUGUUGUAAACAUCUGUUUGUCCUUGGGUCACCAUUGCCAUCGCCUUUGCAUGUUAAGUGACUGCUCAGGUAAAUCUUAGUGAAGUUCCUGCCCUUGUUGUAUAUUCUGCAAAACAUGUCAUGUGUAGAUUUAGAAAGGAAAGGAGAAGAAGGUACUGAAAUAAGAAUCUUGGACUAUCUGGUAUGAAGGGAGAAAGGGAGAGAAAGCUCUUCCGAGGAUCGUCUGUCUUGGUGGUAAAUACAACCAGCUGAGUGAGCCUUUGAGGCUACAGGGGAACCCAGGUUGGGAAUGUCCUUCUGUUAAAAAAAAAAAAAAAAUUAACUGCUUAUAACAAGCAUUCUUCUUGUGGCAUUUGGACAAUAUUUUCCACCCUGAAAUAAUUUGUUUUACAAAGAAUUUGAUAUCCUUUUAAAACUAUUUAAGGUGUCAGAUAAUUCACAGAAUUCACUCCAUGUCAGAUCUCCUGAGAGGUCCCACCCCAGCAUGGUGGCCUUUGCUUUGGACACAAUUAGUUUUUCAUUUAAAUUGGUAUUUCCCAAUAUUUACUAAGUAUUUUGCCAGAAAAAUAACUUUCCUUUUUUUUUUUUUAAUUUUUUUUGGAAAACUCAGAAGGGGGAAAUCCAUUACCCUGAAACAUUUAGAUGUUUACAUUCUCCGUGUUGAUCUGUUAAGGGAUUAGUAUUUUUUCCUUGUUAUUGUGUUCUGAGACUGCAUUAGAAAGUGUAGGGAUUCAUCUUCACAGCACGUCUUUAAUCAAGCAGUUAUGUCAACCAGCACAUUCAUUUUGUUCGUAUUCACUAUAACAUGCUAUCUUGUAAAUAAAGACAUUCGGCACACUGUGAAAAUGUAUUUGUGCACCUGCUUUUCAAACAUUU